CUCAACUUCAUCCACACCCCGUCCUCAUCUGGCCUCUUUUCACAUAGUACAGGGCACAUCUUUCCUACUUCUGCUACUGUAUUUCAAGCUGCUAUUUUUAACUAUACCGCUGGCGUGGCAACCCUUCUCAAAGGCCCAUCACACGAAGAUUGUAUUAAGGUGGUUUCCUUUAGGAUGGCCAGAUAGCUUUGCGAGGCACUGUGAAUAGCAGGGUACACUCAAUAGACCAAGAACAUGGAGCACUCUAUGUUUGAUGACAGCAUGGAGGUGACAUCCAACCAUCCCGAGAUCCCUGCCGAUGACGAUAUCGAGAUAGAUCUUGACAUUUACCAGGAUCGGGCAGAGAACAGUGAUAAUGAUGUUGUUGUGGAAGAUGCUUCUGCGACCGCAUCACACCAUCCUGAUAUGUCAGAGGACUAUGAUGAGCAUGCAAGGGAUGCAGAUAUGAUCGAUGAUAACUACUCGGCAGCUCAUUUACCUGAUCCUGACGACCCAUCAAACCGAGGCAAUCGCUACGGUUAUGACGAGACCAAGUUGCCCACUAAUCAACAUGCGUAUGAGGGCGAGAUGGUGGAUGACUAUGAAGAAGAUAUUGAUGCCCCGAUCCCCGGAAAUUUUGACGAAGAAGAAGAAGAAGAAGAAGGAGGAGGAGAAGGUCCUUCAACCCUUACUGAUGCCCACCCCCCUGACCUAAACGAGCCUCAACCCUCCAAGUGUGACGAAGGUAUAGAAGAUCACGAAGCUCAAGAGCGGUUCUCCCCUGUCAUUUCUCAAGUAUCGUCUCCUCCACAACCUAUACACGAUGAUUCAGCGGGUCAGGAGAAUGAAGAUGUCGCUACAGGAAACCGAGAAGCUCCAAGCAUUGAUAAUCCACAAAAUUUUGGCGAUGGACAGGCGUCUAGUAAAGCAAGCCCGGAAAUAGAAUCAAGUUUAUCCCCGCCUAAAGAGGAAGGGGAUGGAGAAGCUGUGCCCAAAGGAUCCGACCAGAUCUCUGCUCAAGAUACGACCGGGCCACCUGAGAUUGUUAACGGCAACGGCAAAGCAGAAGAUUCCGAGGCCACUGCGGCAGCAUCUGCCAAGGUAGACACUGAGAAUAUCGAUGAGCAGGAUCAAACGGACGAAAUAAGAAACAAACUUCCAGCGUCGCACCCACCUGACGAUAAAGAAGAUGGAGCUGAAACUGGAGAUACUGCGGAUUACAUACCCCUGCACAGAGUAACCGUUCUGUAUCAGGACAGUGAGAUGUCCCUCUUUCCGCCGAAUGAGAGCGACCCAUCGGAGAUGUACCUUUUAGAAGACGAGGAGUUAGCACAUGCUCCCCUUUAUCAACUUUUUCAGGCUUUUCGUAAAGUUCUUGGAAACAAUGUGUCCGAUGAAGACGAGUUGGUGGCUUCUAUUGACUGCCUAUAUAUUCAGCUAAGUGAAGUCGCUACUCAGUCCUCAGAAAUUAACCUAUCUCAGAUUGUGCAGCUAUAUCUCGACCUCUCCCGUAAUGAUGGCGUUGAUAAUCCGGAACCUCUGUACAUAUGCCUCAGUUCGAGACCAAUUUUGGACGCUGAGUUGGCUGCCCUCCAAGCUGCAGUUGACCAGGGCAAAGGACUGUCCCAUCUCUGGGAAUGGGACGGUGUUGAAGGUCAUGAUAUUGACGGUCCAGUUGAACAUCCUGAAGUCAUUGAGGAUGGAUUUGGGAACGGUGAUAACAGUACUUCACAAGAAGAUCUAGGGUCUUCCAAGGAAAUCCCCGUUUUAGAAGAAUCUCUUUGCGAAGAAGAAGAUCGGAUCGACCACGCGGCCAUGCCCCAUGUGACUGAGGAUCAACCAGCUACCUUUGAAGAUCAGCAAAAUGACAGGAAAAGUAAAGAAACCUUAGAGUCAAGGCCAGACGAGUUUCCGGAUGAGGAAGAAUUCUCUCCUGACGUCCUGCAAGAUGGUGACGGUGAGGAACAAGGGGAAAUUUGGGAAAAUGGUGAAAAUCAUAUCUUAGGGGAAGUUGACGGCAAUCCGCAUAAUGAUGAUGAAAAGCCGCUGGACGAGCCAGUGGCUCAGACUCUACACCUCGAUGAAGCAGAAUCGGAGGAAUUUGAAGAUGGGGAAAUUGCAUCACAAGUAGAUGAUGACAUCCCAGCAACAGGGACGCCAGAAGACGAAAGCUAUACAACUUCCCUAUCUAAAACUCCAAUUCCUGCAGAACCUACGAGCUCUUCUGCUGCAGCAGAGGACCAGAAAGUAUUGGAAGUCAUCAACACAGAGCCUGUCCAACUUAGCUUGGAAACGGCUAGAGAUAAUAUUGAGCAAAACGAUGUCGUUGGGCCACAUGCUACUGAAACCGGAACCCUGUUGGUCUCUGAAAAACAACCCGAAGACGUGUCCCCAGUUCGGGAUCAUGAGGUCCACGAUGUUUCCGCGUAUAUUCGGCAUUUAGAUCGGCAAAUUACCCCAGAUCCUAGCCUCAAUGCUUUUGAGGUUGACGUUGACCUUUUCAAAAGUCCUGUCGCAGAGCAGUGUGAGCUUGUAUACCCAAAGACCACAGAUGUUCGAGAUCUUGGCGAUGAGGAAUCCCUCGAAGUCGAUUUCUCACAUCAUGAAUCGCACGAAAUGGCAGCAUCCGGUGAAACUCAAGAUGACUUCGAAGACUGGGAUCUUAUAGAACAGGCCGAGGAAAAUCAAGUCCCACGUCAUGAUAAUAGUCCCAAGGCUGUGAAACGCCCUCGUGCAGACGACGAAUGCAACGACUUGGAAGCCCCAGUGCCUGAUCUAAAACGGCAUCGUUCCGAAUAA